UUAACGAGUCUCAAUCUGACACUGUAAGAUUCUUCACGAUCAAGAGACGUCCAGCCUUCAGUUUCAGACAGACAAACCUGCUCAGAAAGACUCUAGACGUUUCUCCUCGCUUUGAGGAAAAGACUCAAAUAUGUGAGCGACAGACCGAUUGCAUUGUUCUCAGCUGACGCGAGCGUUUGUGUCUGUGCUCUUCCUGGUUCAUGAGUAAUCCGUCUAAACAGAUUCCUGUCAAAUCAAGCUGAUUGUGUAUGAAAUGCAGCAGUGGAGGAAUCCCUAAGGAGCUCACGUCUGCUCUGAAGGAGCCGCAGGUUGAAGAGCGUCCCGUAAGACUCUGCCGUCUCACUCCUGCGCUGGCGAGCGAUGCGUGUGCCGAGCCGCUGAGCAUGUACGCGGCAGCCGGUAUGACGGAGUGUAAGGCGGAGGUGACUCCGUCGGCGAGGAACGGUCACCGUGUGUUCAGCUACACGCUGGAGAGCCACACAGCGGCCGCCUUCUCCAUCAUGAACGAGCUGCGGCUGGAGCGCCAGCUGUGUGACGUCACGCUGAGGGUCAAAUACAGCCAGCUGGACGCCGUGGACUUCGUGGCUCAUAAGGUGGUGCUGGCCUCGUCCUCGCCGGUGUUUCGCGCCAUGUUCACCAACGGCCUGAAGGAGUGUGGGAUGGAGGUGGUGCCCAUCGAGGGGAUCCACCCGAAGGUCAUGGGCCGGCUCAUCGAGUUCGCGUACACGGCAAGCAUCUCUGUGGGCGAGAAGUGUGUGAUUCACGUGAUGAACGGAGCCGUCAUGUACCAGAUCGACAGCGUGGUCAAGGCCUGCUGUGAUUUCCUCGUGCAGCAGCUCGACCCGAGCAACGCCAUCGGCAUCGCCAGCUUCGCCGAGCAGAUCAGCUGCACUGAGCUUCACCAGAAGGCCAGAGAGUACAUCUACAUGAACUUCAGUCAGGUGGCCACACAGGAGGAGUUCUUCAAUCUGUCUCACUGUCAGCUGGUGACGCUGAUCAGCCGUGACGAGCUGAACGUGCGCUGUGAGUCCGAGGUGUUUCACGCGUGUGUGGAGUGGGUUCAGUACGACCGGGAGAACCGGCGGCUGUAUGUGCAGGCUCUGCUGCAGGCGGUCCGCUGUCACUCGCUCACACCGCUGUUCCUGCAGCGCCAGCUCGAGCGCUUCGACUGGGACGCUCAGAGCAAAGACUACCUGUCGCAGAUCUUCCAGGACCUCACGCUGCACAAGCCCACUAAAGUCACCCCCCUCCGGAUGCCCAAGGUGCCGCAGCUCAUCUACACGGCUGGAGGAUACUUCCGGCAGUCGCUCAGCUAUCUGGAGGCAUUUAACCCCGGCUCCGGAGCCUGGCUGCAGCUGGCUGAUCUACAGGUGCCCCGCAGCGGAUUAGCAGCCUGUGUCAUCGGCGGCCUGCUGUACGCCGUGGGCGGCAGGAACAACGCUCCGGACGGAAACAUGGACUCCAGCAUGCUGGACUGUUACAACCCCAUGAACAACCGCUGGCUGCCCUGCGCGCCCAUGAGUGUCCCGCGCAACCGCAUCGGCGUGGGCGUCAUCGACGGCAUGAUCUACGCUGUGGGCGGCUCGCACGGCUGCGUCCAUCACAACAGCGUGGAGAGGUAUGAUCCAGAGAGAGACUGCUGGCAGCUGGUGGCGGCGAUGCUGACGCGGCGGAUCGGAGUCGGUGUAGCCGUGAUCAACCGGCUGCUGUACGCGGUGGGAGGCUUCGACGGCACGCACCGGCUGAGCUCCGCUGAAUGCUACAACCCCGAGAGAGACGAGUGGAGGAGCAUCGCGUCCAUGAACACGGUCCGCAGCGGCGCAGGCAUGUGCGCUCUGGGGAACUACAUCUAUGUGAUGGGUGGAUACGACGGCACCCAUCAGCUGAACACUGUGGAGCGGUACGACGUGGAGACGGAUGGCUGGAGCCUCAUCGCUUCCAUGAGACACAGACGCAGCGCUCUGGGAGUGACGGCGCACCACGCACGCAUUUACGUGCUCGGUGGGUAUGAUGGGAACACGUUCCUGGACAGUGUGGAGUGUUAUGACCCGGAAACAGACGCAUGGAGCGAAGUCAGCAACAUGACGUCCGGCCGCAGCGGCGUCGGAGUGGCUGUGACCAUGGAGCCGUGCCAAAAGGACCUGAGCCCGUGUCAGAAUCACUAGAAACACACCUCCAUCUGUGCUCAUUACAGAUCUCUCUCUCUCUCUCUCUUUCUUCCUCCCUCUCUCUUCCUCUCUCUCCCUCUCUCUCUUCCUCU